AUGAGCAAAAGCAGUGAUGAGGAUGCCCACUCAGACAGUACGGUAGAGGAAACGCUGGUGAUGCUAAAUCUCCCACAGCUGAGCAUCGAUGAACGAAAAUUGAAAAAUCUCAACAUUUAUAGAAAGAAAAAAGGAGAAAAAUUUUAUAUAGAGAAUGAACUAGGGGUGAAGAAAAACGAAAACUCUUCAAAGGGGAGGCGCAAAAAUGCGCCAAAGGAUAACCAUCUGGGGAGUCAAAAAAGUAUAAAAUUUGACUUAACGAAUGAUGAGGAACAAGAACCUCCUGGAAAUAUCCUCGUAAGUUCUGAUGAUUCAGAGGAAAUGGGAAGGUCUGUUGAGGGGGACGCUACGGAAGUGGCCUCAUCACCGCGGGGGAUCUCGCAAGGUGGGAAGAACAAAGAUGAGGGGCAAAAGAAAAAGGAGGGAAAACAAAAUAGUGAUGACCCAAAAGAUGCUGAUGUAAAGCACGCCCAUGGGGACCAAGUAGAUAACAUUCCAUUCGACAUCGACACCAUAUCCAUAAGUAACUUAUUUGCAGAAUGCCCCGAAUGCAUAAUAAACAAUAAGUAUAAAUUUAAGGGCAUCCACACGUCCAGCAUAGGGACGAACUUGUUUUUCAAGGAACCAGACAGUCUUAAAAAAAAAAAGAGCGACCUGUCGAAUUAUGAACUGUCGUAUGAUCACAUGAGCACAAACAUGAAGGUCGAGAACAAAAUGAGCAGAGAUGACUUCACCCAUUACGAAGGCUACUCGACAAAAAUAAUAUCCUUUGAAAUAGACUACUAG